AUGAACGCAGUCUCCACUUUGACAACUGUUCUUGGGAUGGCUGGCAGGAACAUUGCCCACAUUCAGCUCCCGGUUCCUCAAACAAACACCACCGGUGGAGCGUUGGUCAAGCAUCGCAGAAGCAUAGAGGACAGUUUGCUCAGCGCAGGCUUUGAUGUCACAACCACUUUGGCCUUGCUUUUUGAGAAGCCCGUGGACGCCACUGGGGCAGAUCGCCGUGGGGGAUGCCAGACUUGCUUGGUGCUUUGUAGUGAUAUCAGAUCCACUCCUUGGACUGUGCCAUCCGCAAUUGGGCCGAUGAAGCUCAUCAAAGUGAACGAGAUGAUCGGAUACGACCCAGACAGCCGCCCCGGUGCUACGGCUCGCGCCGAGCAGAAAGGGCUUAACCCUCACAUCGAGAUCAUUGACGCCUACAUCCAGGGGCUCACCUUGCAAGACCAGGACCACAUCGUUCUAUUCGAUAUUCUGCCCAACAGGUACGUAGAGUUCGGACGGGCGGUGUGCGCCCAGAAGAUUGCAGGGAAAUGGUCAGCUGUCAGCUACAUGGGUCUCAUCAAGGACGGGCAAAAGGAUGUGAUGCAGAUGAUGGAAGAACAGGUGUACAACUCGUGGGACGCAGGGCCACACGCUCCAUCAAAGAUGCGGGUGCGGGAUGAAACCCAAGCGCCGAAGCUGACGGCCAUUCUUUGGCAGAAUGACCGCCCAGUUUUUCCGGAUUCACUGGUCAACAAAUUCCCUGUCGGGACGGAGCAGCACACGGAGGUCUUGAAAAUGAAGAACGCCUUGGAAGCUUUGUGGCCAAGCCCUUCCUCCAACACCCCAGCGCGGAACGUGAACGUGCCACCAAGGGCUGUUGGGGAGCCUGAUUUCGCAGACACAACCCUUUUGGAUUUGACAAGGGAGGUUGACCUUGCGAAGAUCAAGUCAGAAGAUUUUGCUGAAGAGAAGCUGGCCGUUUGCCAGGGCAAGAGCAACAAGCCCACCAUCGUGAUCACGAAGGACUUCCGAAUCUAUUUGGCCAACUUUACCACUGAGGAGGUGGUGCACGAGCAGGGGGAGCUCUUUGCAUUCAACACGGGCGCUUUUGAAGUGAAGAUUAUUAAAGGCUCUGGUCAUGAUGAGUUGCACUGCUUGCCAUGGCGCUUGGGGUCAGACACGACGCUGAUUUCCUACGAAAAGACUCUGAUGCCAUUAUGCUCAUUUAUUUGCAAGAUGACCCGAGAACGAGGAAUAGCAGAUGUGACUCUUUUUGAUCAUGUUUUGAUUUGUCCUUCCCUUUGA